CAGAGCGGCUCCACGCCGAGAGGGAUGGGGGGCUGCUGAUGCUGUCUUGGGGGACACCACUGGGAUAAUUAGCGGGGAGAAGCAAGAGACAGCAGGGAAGGUGCAGGUCUGAGGUACCAGUGAAGCAAUGGGCUGUGCUAGAAAUCUAAAGCGCAACGAUAAGAACUCGAGAAGAGAGAGAAGAGGCGGCGGAUGGACCUACCCUGCUGCGGCCGAAGCCCACUGGGCAGAGCCAAACACAAAGGGUAAAGUGUGGGCACAGACCCCAGCCCCAGUCCACUCCAGCCCGCUCCAGCCCUGAGCGACGGCAGCCACCGCCAAUCUGCACCGGAGGCACGGUCCCGCAGAACAACGCCUAAGCCAAUGGGAAGGGGAGAACGGGGAAUAUGGCUGGGCCGCGUUGCGGUAGGCUGCGACCCGCAACCUCUAGAACGGAAUGAUAGACGGAAGAGCAAAGGAACCACCGGAGGCCUCCGGUCCCGGGUCGCCGCCUUCCCGGCCGCUUACCUCCCUUUCACGGUUACACCGCGCUUCCGUAUGAGCUCGUCCAGAGACAAGUCCGCCAUCUUGUCGCGGGACCUAACGAUAAGACGCAGCGAGCCAGACCCGGACGUGACAUCACACCACUUCCGCUCCUCACCCCGCCUCCAGAAGUAACGCGAACCCCGCCCAAGUGGUGUGUGUGUGUGUCCCAGAACCCCCCGCGGCCCUGGGGCCCUUAAUUUGCAUACGGUACUGUACGGGUUGUCCCGGUUCUGACCGCGGCAGUGGGUAUGCGACGUAAAAGGCAAACAGAGCCGGGGAGAAUAGUCAGGAUAACAGAAACUCCCCAUAUACAUAGUGGGAUGUUGUGCAGAUUUCCUCGCCCUGACCACCAGAGAUAACACGUAGGGUUCUGCUGUCGGGGUGAGAGCUCACACUUCAUGCCUUAAACUUAUGAGUAAGGAAAAUAACGACCCGGGGUGACGCCCGGGUCCUCACUGCCAAUGUGAGAGGAAUUUUUGCGCGGGUACAGGUCGCCCCCAGGUGCCUCGCUUACUUCGCGAGAUGCCCGGGUGCCGUGAUCUGCCCGUCCCUUUUGCGAGCCGCGUUAAGAACGACAGACCCGAUGUGGCUGCCCGUUGUCCCGCCCGUGUUCUGCUGGGCCGGGUCCCGUCUCUGCAGGGUGGCCGAGGGCGGAGUGCGGGCUGCAGCUCUGAUAGCGCUUCACGUGUGCGAGGGGGAAUUCGUUUCGGACGGGGCGUGCAUGGGAGCACCAGACUAAUCAAAUCUAAACUUCAGCGGGAAGGAGGAGCCACCUCCUCGCGCAGGCGUGGCCGGGGCCGAGUCUUUCCGCGCCCUUCCAGCGUCACCUUCCGCCCGCUCCUGUCUUGGAUCCUCGGCUUCGGUGUCUGCGCCUGUGGAAUGGUGGCUCUGGGUUUCAUCCGGGCCCUCGGUGCUUUUGUACCUCCCUCUGAGCGCCCUUUGCAGCACGGCAUACCCAGAACCCUGCCGCGCCGGCUUUCUUCCCGUUGUUAGGAAACGUUAUAUGAGAUAUUAGGAAGAAAUUCUUCCCU